UAAACCCAAAAGACCAAGCACUUUUAUUGUUACGCAACAUCUGAUAUUGACUGUGUAUUGUUUACCUUAUUUAUUGAGGUAAACAAUGGUUGCAUAUAAAGUGUUACUACGAAGUUCGCUUCAUUAAUGUGUCUGCAUACUUGAAAACAAUUAUUUUCACUACUCUUAAAAGCUUUUUCGUCAAUGUUUCCGUCAGUGUUGUUCUACGAAGGGCAACUUUUUCCAUAUAGUGGAUCAUGUGGUUAUUUCACGGUGCAAAGAGUGCUCGGACAUCAGGGGCACUGCUUUUACGAGCAUUGGCAUCUUGUGCCUCUCCCUCCGAAUACUGUUUACAACAAAAUUUCAGGUGACAAUCGACGGGCGGCAUUUGCAGUUCGGGCACUGAAUGCAGAGUUGUCACUGGUUAGGGAUCAGGUAUCCAGGGUUGAGAUUGGAUACGGCAGGCUUGCCUUUUGGAGAGAUGCUAUUUGCAAGAUGUACAAUGGACACAGAGCUCCCGAACAUCCAGUGACAAAAGAAAUACAAUGGUUGCUCACCUCUUAUACUCUUACACAGCAAUGGUUUUUAAGAUUAAUUGACAGCCGAGAAGCGAACAUGAAGGAUAAUGCAUUUGCCACUCUUGAUGCUGCUGAGCAAUACGCGGAACUUAGCUGUUCUCCUAUCUACUACCUUUUGCUGGAGGCACGCGAAAUUAAAAGAGUAGACUGUGAUCACACAGCAAGUCAUCUUGGAAAAGCCCAAGGCCUUGCUAAUCUUAUUCGAAGCAUUCCAUUCAAUGCAUCAAAGGGUCGAUGCCAGCUGCCAUUAAACCUUUUGGCAAAACAUUCAGUGACUCAAGAAGAAGCCUUCAGGACUCCACAAACCAGUCUUCCAGAGUUACAGCCAAUCAUUGAUGUUGUCGUCUGUGAUCGUCGCAGAAGAUCCGUUUUACAUCACAAUUCGAUGCAAGAAUUGGUCACCGUUGUAACAUGAAAGCCAAGAGAAGCAAGCAUUUUUUGCCUUCGUAUUUGAUCCUUGCUCAAGUCAUAUACUACCUAUUGGUCUAAUUUGUUUAUUUUAUUAAUUUAGCAAAGAUGAACAAGCAUCAUUUUUUUACAUAAAACGAACAGUUAUGACACCCGUGCGGUUUGAGGGGUGAACUUCAGCCACUGACUGCUCUUAUCACUUUAUUAUGAGCCUGCGCGGAGUGCCUUUCAGAAGACUCAUUUUCGGCCAACAGCUCGUAGCGCUUCCAGUAGUAGAAGUUUUACCAAUACGAAAUGUGUAUGGUAAUUAUCUUCGCAAUAGUAAUUUCAUUAUAAAUACCCUUAUAUUCGCAGACCACUUGAAUUUGUAUUACAUGGAUCACUACAGCUUGCCUAUUAAAAGCCCAAGUCACGAUAUGCAAGUGGGUUCUGGGAAUACAACUGCGUCUCACAAACAAAAUGUCAUAUAAUGCCGCAUCGUUAUAAAAUAUUUUGGAUAUAUAUUUAAUACUAUGUAUUAAAUAUCACCGCCACUGUUACUAUAUGAUGACGACGGAUAGGGCGAUCAGUCGCAUUUUGUGUCAGUACUAGUACGUCGUCCUAGCAGUUGGUGACAAAUGAGAGAAAGAAAUGAGCGAAUCGUCUGAAAUGAGUCUAAUUUACUUGAGGAUGAACAAAGUGGUCUGCCAAACAGUGGUAUAGCGCUGAAUAGAGAGAAAGGAAGAAAUGGAUACUCGAGUGUCUACGGGCGGUCGUACAAGCGCUUGCUCGGAAUUGCCAUAGACUUAUGCCAGGCCCAGCCGAAUACUGGUUCGAAUCUGUUGUUGGCCAUGCGGGUACCCAGUAGGGAUUCAAGACUUAUAUAUUCCGGUUUCAAUAGGAACCAUCACUCCACCUAACAAAAUAUUACGUUGGGGAAGUACUGUACGCGUUUGCUCAGGAUAACCGAUUUGUACUGGAGCCCGUUACGCUGCCAUUUAAGUUAAAUGCGUUUCUAGAAGGAAUAAUUUAUGACUUCUACCUUACCGUAGCGUUGCUGCCUAUCGACAAUCGUGGCGAAACUUACACGCGAUUACCGGGAAGACCGUUGUAUAGCCAACUCGCCGGCGGGCUCAGCCACAAAUGUGGACGGUGGGUUAAAUGUUUAUGAUCGCUGCGGUAUGCAGAGUUAUCUUUUCGUAGGACAAUACAAAAGGCCUAUUUCGGAUGCCGAUCUCCUAACGGCACUCGCCAUAGAGUUGAAAGGUCUUGAAGCAGCAUGUCGAAAGAACACGUGGAUUUUCGUCUAAACGGGAUCAUCGUUAGCAAGUGUUUCUCAGUACGUGCUUAUAAACGGGCUCCCGCAUCGAAGCAAAAGAGACACAGCACUGCUGUGAAUCGCGCGAACCCAGGUUAAAGCCGCGACAAUAUCCUGUUGCUCCGCGAAAACAGACAUGCAGUUGUUUGAAAAAAAUGUACAAUUUGUAGAAAAAUAAUUACAUGGAAGCCUUGGCAUAUAUUCGUAGAUCAGGAAAAUAGUGGUUGUGUGCUCUUUUUCAAGAGAGAUUAUUAUUAGAGAGACGAUCCGUUAUAGAGAGAGUGCAUAUUCUCAAGCAUCAUCGGGCAUGGUUUCAGCAGCCAAGGGGAGAUAUUGGUCUAACCACACAGAGCAGACUUUCAAAAUCGGUCACCAGAUUGUAUGAUGAAGUGCAUAUCUGGAUAGCGUGGCCAAGUGUUAUGGCGUAUACUGAUAGCAUAUUAAUCCUGUGACUCUGCCUUUGUGAUAAUGGAGUGGUAACGUGUCUGCUCAACGACCUACCGAGAUGUGAUAGUGUAGGUUCAAAUCCGGGUAUAACUAAUUUUGUUUGGUACUGGACUAGUUGUCUAAAGCAAUGCAGGAUUACCGAACGUAACAUGAAACAUUUAGUCGUAAAUAUUUCCGUCAAAAUGGCUAAAAAUACGAUGUAAAGCGAAUAAAUCGCAUUUAUACCGUUACUAGUGUAGCGGUUACCCACAAUCUAUAUAUAUAUAGCGGUGCACCACAAUCUAUAUUGUGAACUUGUUGAAAUUCUAAGAAAUUUUUGCGUCUAAUAUAUAUAUAUUUUUGCCGGAAAAUCCUGUCGGCAUCAUUGCACAACUGUCCUUAGAUAUGCUUGUAAGGAUAUAAGAAGUUGCACUGAAGAAGUCUUCUGGGGGAAAAAAGGCAAGCCAACGUAUGCAUAUCAGAACAACGCGAAGCGACAAAUCGUUCGAUGGGGUACGAAAAAAUAUAUAUUAUACUAAUCGCAUAGUCUAAAUACCCCUCUAAGGCGCUACCAUUUAUCCAGGAUUAGCUUUCUGGUACAGUUUACUUUAAAUAACUUCAAUGACUCUUUGUGAAAUUAAAAGGGAAAACGUCCAGCCUUUGUUUUUAGGGGAGUCUUGGGACCAACAUUCGGAAUUAAUUAUUCAUCCAUUACUCAGGUGUUUUAAACUAAUUUCUGGGAUGGCACAGUGGUAUCGUUUGUGACGGUUAAACUUAGAAGAUACACAAAGCAAUUUACUUUCAAAAUAGGGUGUAAACACACUUCGUUUUGUUCCGGAGGCCGCCUACCUGUGGCAAUCCCGGCAGCACCAGCUGAACCUUUUUUUACAAAACGAAACAUAAAAUAUCUAACAUAAACGUUUUGAUUCAAAGUGACGCCCACUCUCACGCAAUAAAAUAUGUUCAACUGAAACUGCUAUUGUGAGACUGUAUUUAAAUAGGGAUAUUUCAACGAAUUUUUUUACAUAUGCUAUAAAAGUUUUCUUGAUAGUCAUGUUUAUUGUUGUACAAUUAAUCUUUUCUCGAAUUCCGAACGACGCACUGUUGUUUGCCGUAGCCUUCGUCAGGUACCAGGAGUACCAGAUGAAAGCAUGUUCGUAUCUGCUGGUAGCUGUACAUAAUAGAGCGUAUAAUUUGACUGCUACACUGCGUUCAUUAUAUAGAAUUGUAACAAAAAUGAAUCAUAUAGAUAUAUCGUGUUAAACAAGUGGAAUAUUACAUUUCACAGUUAACAAUGCGGCCUCUUU